CCAUAACACAGCCACAAUCUGUAUCUAUAAUAUGAUGUACUCAAUCCGCGCAGAAGAUAGUCUUAUUCAUUAUCGCGCGCCAUCUUAGUCAGCUUUGAAUUUUGCACUUGGUUUGCACUCUCUACCAGUACGGUCUGUCGCGCAAGCAUGAAAGUCGCCAUCGUCUCUGCCAGAUACAUGGCACAACCUGCGCUCGAAGCAUUCUUGUGUGACGUCUUUGGCUACGGACAAGUACAAGUCAAAUGGACCCGCGGGCGUUUCCAAUGCACUCUACCUCGAGCGCUGAGCACAGAUGAGCUCGAACUCAUGAAGGAUCGUGUCGAGUUUGCGCAUUAUGCAGAAUCAUGAGAAUGUUGACCGACAAAACCGCAGGUCAGAACGAUGCUCAUACGUUGAAAACUAAUACAAUUUGAUUCAACUCG